AUGGAUAUCGACAAGCCUCUCGAAGAGAUCAUCGCGGCGUCCAAGCCCAAGGCUCGUCGGGGCGGCAGGCCGGCACGCGGUGCGCCUACUGGCGCCCGGGACCGCUACGCGUCCAACGUCCCUCGCGCUGCCGCUGUUGCUCCUCAGAGGAUAGCCGGCACCGAUGCGGUCAAGAUCAUCAUUAGCAACCUCCCUAUGGACGUCACCGAGGCAGCCAUCAGGGAUCUUAUGCAGUCCACGGUGGGACCGGUCCGGACCGUGCAAAUGAGCUACACUGCGACUGGGAAGAGUACUGGGCAGGCGACUAUUGUAUUCAGGAACCGGGGCGAUGCCAACAAGGCUCACGCUUCUUACAACAACCGCAUGAUCGACAAUCAGCGACCCAUGAAGGUCGAGAUUGCACUCGACAUCAACAACGGCCAAUCGCUGGCAUCGCGCGUCGCUCCCGUCCAGGCUCGGGGUCAAGCGCCUCGACCGGACGAAGACUGCUGA